GCGCGCUGGUGUAGAGUCGGGGGGUGUUUCCGGCCUCAGAGUGAACACAUCGGCCAUUGAGGAGGAGAAGUUGCAGACAUCAGAGCUGAAGGCGGCGACUCCGAAACAACACCAUCAUUAUUAUAACACAUCGGUACCUGCCGGGCUCCGGGCGGCUUCAUGCUCUGCUCCAGCGGGGCGGUGUGAGUCUGUCUGCGGGCUGAAGAGUCUCCAGGUGUCUCCAGGUGUCGGAGAGGCUGGAGGGGAAAAUGACUUCGUGGAGGGUUUGGCCUGCACUUGUGCUGCUUCUCAUCCCUUCCACUGUGGCUGCCCAGGAGUCGUCACUACUGGAAGGCUGGCAAGAUGUGUGGCCCUUACGCUUCCUCGUCAACAUCCUGGGAUACUCCACCAUCAUCAUCCCUGGCUACUUCCUCAUUAGCUACUUCAAGCGCACCAAUUACUUAGAAACAGGUAGCGGGAUUUGCUUCCCCAUCAUUAAGACCUGCGUGUUUGGCAGUGAGGCCAAAACAGGUCUGUUGGAUGACGUGUCGGUUGCGCCCAGGAACGAGGGUGAUUCCGGCUCGUCCGUGAGACAGGUCGUCAAAUUAAUCUUUUGUGCUGCUGGACUUCAGGUAUCGUACCUGACAUGGGGAGUCCUGCAGGAGAGGGUGAUGACGCGUUCGUACGGAGCCACGACUCCAGAAGAGGAGGGUGAGAAAUUCAAGGACUCUCAGUUCUUGGUGUUCAUGAACCGUAUCCUGGCUCUGACCGUGUCGGGCAUGUGGUGCAUCAUGUUCAAGCAGCCUCGCCACGGAGCGCCCAUGUACAAAUACUCCUUCGCCUCGCUCUCCAACAUCAUGAGCAGCUGGUGCCAGUACGAGGCGCUCAAGUACAUCAGCUUCCCCACUCAAGUCCUGGCCAAGGCCUCCAAGGUCAUCCCCGUCAUGCUCAUGGGUAAGAUCGUCUCCCACAAGAGCUACGAAUACUGGGAGUACUUUACCGCCGUGCUGAUCUCGGUGGGCGUCAGCAUGUUCCUGCUGUCCAGCACGCCCAGCAAGCACCCGUCCACCGUCACCACCUUCAGCGGGGUCAUCAUCCUCAUCGGCUACAUCGUCUUCGACAGCUUCACCUCCAACUGGCAGGACAACCUGUUCAAGUACAAGAUGUCGUCGGUGCAGAUGAUGUUCGGGGUGAACCUGUUCUCCUGCCUCUUCACCGUCGGCUCUCUGCUGGAGCAGGGCGCCUUCUUCGACUCGGUGGCCUUCAUGACGCGCCACUCCGAGUUUGCCUUUCACGCCGUGUUGCUGUCCGUGUGCUCGGCGUGCGGCCAGCUCUUCAUCUUCUACACCAUCAGCCAGUUUGGUGCUGCGGUCUUCACCAUCAUCAUGACCCUGCGACAGGCCAUCGCCAUUCUCCUCUCUUGUUUCCUCUACGGUCACGCCGUCACCGUAAUCGGUGGAUUUGGUGUUGCGGUAGUUUUCUUGGCACUUUUCUUACGGGUGUACGCACGUAGCCGCAUGAAGUCAAGCCGGCGGCCAGCGCAGCCGCUCGCACAGAAGGUGUAACACUCAAACUGGGAACUGAGACCACGUUUUCUGUGGUGCUUUUUUGUCUAUUUGUGUGUAUCUAUUGGGUUUUUUUCUCUUUUUUUUUUUUACUGUUCUUUUCCAUUGGUUUUUAUUUUUCUUAGCAAUGGUACAGAAAGGGAUUUUUGCAGUUUUGACUCUUACACCAAGAUGCCCCCAAGGGGUCCAUGUGAUUUGUCAGGUCAGAAGUCACAGAAGUUUUGAGUGCCUGUAAGAUUGUCUUAUGCACGAGUCCCAAAUCAUGAACUUUGCAAACUGCCUCUUCACCUCUUUCACAGUUUAACAGUAGAAUAUUUUUCCUAAACCACCGUACGUGGCUUGUGCAGCCAAUUACAGGUUACUGUGACCCUGAAAAAUGUAUGUGAGUUGUAUGGCUAAUCAUUAAUUUUAAAGCGUUAAUGACAUUGCCCCUUACCUAAAGGAGCAGUGUGUAGGAUUAGGGCUGGGUAUCGUUUAAAAAAUGACGAUGCCAGUACCAAUACCAGUUCUCUUACAGUGAUACAGAUUAUUUUUUAGAUUAAUCGUUAAUCAUCGGUCUAUAAAAUAUCAGAAAAUAGUAAAAAAUGUCCAUCCCAGUUUCUCAAAGUCCACGGUGAUGUUUUUAAAUGUCUCGUUUUGUCAGUCCAAAACGCAAAGAUGUUCAGUUUCAUGUGCGAUAAAACAGAGAAAAGCAGGAAAUCUCCAUAUUUGAGAGGCUCUGAAUGUCUGUUGUCAUAUUUUAUGACGACAUCACCCUAAAAAAAACAAUUUUGAAUUAAGUGAUUCAUCAGAUUAAAUGAGCCAGUCUUUUUUUAUUAAAUCAAUCUCUUUCUUUAAUGACUAUAACUAAGGCUGCAACUAGCAAUUAUUUCCAUUAUCGAUUAAUCUGCCGAUUAUGUUCUAGAUUAAUCGAUUAAUCGUUUGGUUUAUAAUAUGUCAGAAAAUAGUGAAAAAUGUCCAUCCCAGUCUCUCAAAGUCCAAGGUGAUGUUUUUAAAUGUCUUGUUUUGUCAGUCCAAAACCCAAAGAUAUUCAGUUUAAUAGGAUAUAAAAACAGAGAAUAGCAGGAAAUCUUCACACUUGAGAGGCUGAAAACUGCAUUUUCUGCCAUUUUUGCAUGAAAAAUUAUUUUAACGAUUAAUCGCUUAUCAGUAAUAGUUGCCAAUUAUUUUUCUGUCAAUCGACUAAUCGAUCAGUUGAGUAAUAGUUGCAGCUCUAAAUAUGGGUGCGUCCUUUGUGUGCGGCGAGUCGGAGAGCAAACCGUUUUUUGACUGCAGCUAAAAUGUAGUUUUUGAAUGGCUAAACGCCAACAAAUAUGGAUUAAAGCAGAAUAUUUCGUUAGAUAAAAACUUGAUUAUAUCAAUCUUUUUUUCAAUAACCGUUGACUUUUUGGACAUCACAAAGCUCUGGAGAUAAGGAAAUGUUUGGAUCAUCCAAGUCUUAAAAAACCCUACGCAACCUCACCAGUUGCCACUAAAUCCUACACACUGGUCCUUUUAACUUUAUCCCAAAUAUUUGAACAAGUCUGUCACCUUCUGUAACAACAACACUUUCUACCUAUUCAGUUAUCUUUCAGUCACAAUAGCCAGAUGCUUAUCUCACAGUCCUCCAUGUUGGAGAGCAGGGGCCUUUAUGUGUCUUAAUGUGGGAUUUUACCUUGUAAAGCUGUAAACAUAGCCUGAAAACAUGGUGCACACAUUACUGUUUAAUUUAAGGUAUAUUAACAUGUUACAGAGGCUACCAUCUGUAAUGGAGGGUGGUAAACAACAGUUUGCGUAAUAAAGAGCGCACUACUUUAAUAUUGUACUAUUUUACCCCGACAUCGGUGAACCAGAUGCUGCUGUGGGUACUUUUUGCACGGCAUUAUUUUAAGAUAAAUUUCUUUUGUUGUCGUCUCAACACAGAUUUUACUUAAUGUUUUAACUUUGGGCUAAAAAAAAAGUCUUGUAAAUAUAUCUCUUAGUCAUUGUUUAUUUCCAACGUGUCCGUUGUGUACUUUUGUAAAAGGACUGCUUCAUGUGUUUUCACCGUUACAUGUGAAUGUUUGGAAGAACACUGAGUGGAUGAUGAUGAUGACGAUGCUCAUUGUCGUCAUUGAGAUGUGAAGAUAAUGUAGAUCCCAUGGGGGAGCUUGCAGAACAGAAUGCAUACAAGGGAAAUGCAAUGUUGGUGGUACCUUGUUUUUAUCAUUCUACUAUUUCCUCUGGUAACUGGAUUAAUAAUAAAACAUAUUAAAUUAACUUAA